UCUAUCGGUUUUGUGGGGAAAGAAAAGAUGAGAGGUGUGCCUCUGAGGAUUGCACUCUCUGGUACUUUUACACCCGGUAUCAAGGGUGGACUGAGGAUUGCUCGUGACAUGAUUAAAGUGACUUUCAUGCCCUCUGCUGGUAUUGAGUUUGUAACUCAGAUGGUUUCUCACAGCCCUGAAUAUGUCAACUCUGGAUUAGAAAUGCAAACGAAUGUUUUCCAUGAGAGUGGCCUCCAUGCCAAGAUCACAAGAGCAGUCAUGAAAUACAACAGAAGGAGGCAUGUUAUCACUGCUGACAUCCAGAUCCCUGACUACAAUGUGAAGGCUGGAGGCUGGGUGUUGUGGAUGGAAACACAAAGGGCAGAUGAACUCACUCCAUCUCUCUUGAUUUAAUAAACAAAAAUGUUUCUCAGUGCGUCCUGGUUGGUCGUGCCAAGUAAGAAAGCAGAUUUUCCUACCAGAGACACUAUUCCUGAAUACUUAAGUGCAUUAAACUUCAUGGUAAAUAUUUAAACAAUCUAAUUUUUAGACCUCAACAACAUAAACAAUGCUUAUUUCCGUAUGCCUCUUGGAGGAAAGCCAACUUAACUCCCCACCAGC